AUGAGUUGCUUAUCAAACGUCGACUCUGCGUUUGAUACCGCGUCGGAUAUUUCCUGGGACAGUUUUCCGGAUGAUCUUCCACCAUCGAUGGAUCUUAUCAGGUAA